AUGUACUUUGAUGCUCUUCUAUACUACAUUAACAGAAAGAAGUUGGCCUCUUCAGGGUCGUACCUGCUUCCUGCCCUAAGUCUAUUGAGAAGCAAGAAGCGGUACUAUUUUGCUAUUGAUGAACUAAGUGGCCAGUUACUCUACUAUAAAGAUGAAGCCGACCUGGUGGCAAAACGCGAACCCAUUGGCACCCUUCCACUAGCGAAUGCUGCGUUCACGAUUGUUGAAGGAAAUGAUAGAAUUUUUGUGCUACACAAAGAUGUGGUGCUUUUCAGCAGCAGCGAUAAGGUCGUCGAAUUAGAAGCACUCAAUCCAGAAAGCUGUGAGUGCUGGUUAAAAGCAUUGUCCCACAGGUUUUGGGAAAAAUAUAUCGAUGUAAUAUCGAAAAAAAUUAAACAUGCUAUUCACACAUUAAAAAACAGUUACCGUAAUUUACCGCGAAAUCUUACAGUAACAGAUGGACAGAUCAUUGCCUCCGAAUAUGAAUAA